AUGUACCUCGAACGGAAACAAGUGGAUGACGUCAUGGGUGGCGAAGACAGUUGGAAAAAUGUCGAUAGCACAGAUGCCACUUGUCCGAAGUGCGAUAAUGGUCGUGCCUACUUUAUGCAGCUGCAGAUUCGUUCCGCUGAUGAGCCAAGUACGUUUUUGAUUCGGUUCGGCUUUGGGGCUAACAUGGGCAGUGACUACGUUCUAUAA